AUUUUGAAUAAUUAUUGUUAGCAUUGAUCAUUUAUUGAAUACUUCAGAAUAAUAAUAAUAAUAAUUUGCAAAUAUGUUCAUUUGAAAAAUUAUUUAUAGUUAGAUAUAUUUUCUGGUUUUCAAUAUUACGAAAUUGGCUCUAUUUUUUUUUUUUCUUAAUCACUCCCCGACAGGCAAUUAUCUCAAUGCUUCCAGAUUAUUCUUGAACCUCUUUGAAGAUCCGAGAAUCGAGAAGGCUAUGGUUGCUAUAGCAACGACCCGGCAGUGCCUUCGAUAACGCCAUAAUAUGGUUAAGUAUGUUGCUUUUGUUGAUAACGGGCUUGUUGUUCUCCGGAACGAAGCAGGAUCUGCUGGCGCCUCCGACGACUAACUACAACGUCGAAGAUAUCAUUGGCCAGCUCAACUUGCAAUUCUGCACCAUCGUCGAAAUCGGCCAGAGCUUCUGUUCAGUGUUCUUGGAAUUCCGUUCUUCUUCUAUAACAGGUGAUCUGAACAGCGACAACGUAGCAGAAGUGUACCUCGGAACAUGCGACUGCGCAACAGUGCGCAAUUGGGAAUUCUGCUCGGUCCCUUUGCGCAAAGCCAGACCGUACGAAUGCACGUUCGAGGAGGCCUUGCCGAUGGUGAACAGCAGCGCUCGCGUGCACAGGAGGCUCUGCGACCCCACCAUGAUGGCCGCCAUGAACGAUCCGUGCGACUGCACCAGGCAGCUGGCUCAGCGAACGCAGUAUCCGGUUCAAGGUUUCCUGACAUGCUACCGAGCUCCGAUGCCCAAGUCCAUCUGCUCCACCCACAGCGUGUGCGGGGUUGCUCGUUGCGCAGCUAAGAACCUGUUCGGACUCGCACUAGUGCAAUGCGACCCCAACUGCAAGGAUAGGCAACCGUUCUGCGAGGAUCCAUCAGAGGUGACCUCGAAGGCACCGAUCGUGAAAUCCUUCUGGUCAGACUGGACAUCAGCGGUCAGCAACUACGAUGGGCUCCAAAUUGACGAGGCCAUCUGCCUCGAAGAGAGUACACACGCUCCUGCAUUUGAUUGUUUAGGGCCUGGAAGUUAUUGCUGUCCAAAAGACAAACUCGACUCCUGCCAUUGUGAGGUGACGACUACGAUGGCUGAAAUGAAAGUGUCGAGGUUCAUGACUUCAGGCCAAAUUGAUCUUGUUCCGCAUAAUUUGCCAAGAAGAGGUUUUGUCAUAAAACCAAUCGACGGCUUGGCGUCUUACAUGGCUCGUGCAAAGUCUCGUCUCUUUGGACCCAGGCACUUAAACUAUUCUUGGAUCAUGGGGCAAUAUCCGAACCCACAGAGGGUAAUAUACCAAAUGCCGAACAACACUGAUGUUUACAACACAAACGUAGGCAAUAAAAAGGAUCCUUGAAGAGAUUAUUUUAAUAAAGUAUUUACUUUAUUGUUAUGUAUUUUCUUAAAAUAACAAUUAAAUUUUUAAUAAAAAUUGUUUGUUACUUUAGAA